GAGAUCGGGAAGCAGGACGAAAAAGGUCUAACUGGCAUGUCGGUGAGGCCUCCGGCACGCCUUUGUCGCAUGUAAAGCAGUGAUCGACCUCAUUAGUCCCGGGCUCGAGGCAUCAACGUCACCGACAUAAAGUGAAGUCUUUGAUACGACGCAUGCGAUACAGCCGGUCCUCCAGACAGGUUACCACGUGUUCUAUUUCUUAUAGGUAGUGGCAUAGUGUCGAUUUCUGACAUCUUGGAACGGUCAUGGAGUCCACUCUCCACUCUUAUUCCCCGGAUAUGCCAAGAAGCAUCUUUCUUAUAAGCAGGGACCUCUACAAUAUGUUCAAGAAUGUCACCGUUAUCGUGAAUCAUGCUGGAUUUCCGAGUAGUAUUGUGAAGAGCGUUUCAGAAGCUAAUAAGUCGUUUCAGGAUGCGCUGUGGCAACGAGACGAUGUUGCCUCUGGUAUAUGCGCCGCCUUGGAAGACCGCCUCGUAACGAGGAGUUUUCAUGAAUCACCUUCGAGACGUAAUGAUUGGUUAGCUCUGGCUAAGAGUUUGAAGCAGUAUCAAAGCAAGUCACAAGCUCUUACGAUACACCUCAGGAGUCUCGGUGAUUCCAUUGCUACUGUGAGAGCCGAAAUAGCACAGCGAUUGACAACCGCACGAGAAGCGAAUCAGCGGGCACCUCGGGGUCUACGCCAUUUAAAACGUACGCUUAUUCACAUCAGCCAACACACCAGUGGCGCGAAGCAGAGGAGAGACCAAUUGAGCGACCAACGAGAGACCAUGGAUGUACUACUGAACAUUGAAAGCGGAUUAAUGGCAUUGCUCCCCAGCAUCUCCAUACUAGAGAGAACGUGCGCUGAACUCUGCAUCCAAGUUUCUCAAAUUUUAGACGCACCCAACGCUACCAGUCAUGAAUCUGUUGAGCUACUCCUGUAUUCUACGAUGCAGGAACUGCAACUCGCAUUGGGUAUAUCGACGAUCACCUGAAAAUAAAGUCAUUGCCUAUUUUGGAUGUUUUCGAUCGUAUAUAGAAACAUCUCGAUAGUUAAAUCCGUCCAUCUCAUCCUCGCGUCUUAACCCAUCAAAUGACUCGCAAGAACGGCAUGAGACGUAGACUCCCACAAAUAAAUAGUAGAUAACUUCAAUCGUUCACAUUGCGCGCUUCUGGAAUUCCUC